AGAAUGUAAACAGUCAUUUGAAAACAAAGGGCAAUGCAAAUUGUUGUGUAGUCACGCAACAUUCCUCUUGGAUUUGAAGUUCACCACCAGCAGUUCCACCCCUUUUGGAAGUACAGCCUGACGUCUGGGCUGUUCAGCCUGAGCAGCUACUGGAGCUACAAAGCCUGUUUUCAUCCUCUGCCAGGAUGGGAGUGAUACGGCUUCCCAACCCAUCCAGGAUCCUGUGUUUUUCCUUUCAUAUUACCCUCCUUCUGCUUCAACAGACUACUGCAGAAAGAGAACUGAAGUUUGUGGUUGCAGUUUUCCGACAUGGUGACCGAACACCAAUUGUAAAUUUUCCAACUGAUCUACACAAGGAAAGUGAAUGGCCCCAGGGAUUUGGACAACUUACCAAGACUGGAAUGCAGCAGCUAUUUGAACUUGGACAGUACAUGAGGGAAAGAUAUUCCAACUUCUUGAACAGAACAUACAACCGGCAAGAGUUUUACAUCCAAAGUACAGAUUAUGACCGCACCAUUAUGAGUGCCCAGUCAUACCUUUCUGGCCUCUUUCCACCAACUAGCAGCCAAAUUUGGAACCCUGAGCUUCUGUGGCAACCCAUUCCAGUUCACAUUCUUCAAAAAUCAACAGACCGAAGGCUGAAUUUUCCUCUGCCUGACUGCCCCCGUUUUGAUGAACUUCAGAAUGAAACACAAGCAUCAAGUGAACUUCAAAGUAGAAUGCAACCAUACAUGGAUUUUUUACAAACGAUGGCAGUUAACACAGGACUUGAACUAAAUCAACUUAAAAUACUGGAUAAUUUCCAGCUCUGGAAUACCUAUGACACUCUCCACUGUGAGGGUAUUCACAAUUUCACUCUCCCUGUAUGGGCUACCAAAGAUGUAAUCAACAAGAUGGAAAAACUGGCAGAAUUGUCCUUAUUAUCACUAUUUGGGCUUUAUAAAACAGAAGAGAAAUCACGACUGCAAGGAGGUGUCCUUGUGAAUAUCAUCUUAAAUAGUAUUAGGCAAGCUGCCAAUUCUUCAAAACAAAGAAAAAUGGAGGUCUACUCCGCACAUGACACCACAGUUGGGGCCCUCCAGAUUGCUCUCAAUAUUUUCAAUGGAAAACUGCCACCAUAUGCUGCUUGCCAGUUCUUUGAACUCUACCAAGAAAGUAGUGGGCAAUACAGCAUUGAAAUGCAUUAUCGGAACGACUCCUCAAAGGCUCCUUACCUACUCACCCUGCCAGGAUGCACCUCUUCUUGUCCACUUGAGAAGUUUGCUGAACUAGUUUCUCCUGUGAUUACAGAAAAUUGGCCAAAAGAAUGUGGGAAGAAAGACAAAAUGAAAGAUAUUUUUAUUGGCUUUGACGUUGCUGUUGGCUUGUUGUUCAUCUUUGACCUUGUGCUGCUCUACCUCCUUUAUCAUUAUGGGCGCUGCAGGCGCAGAAACAACUACCAAGACAUUUAAAGGGGUGGUAAAGAAAUGAAAGAGAGAGCAGCAAUCCUUUAAGUUCCUUAUAUCCUUCAGUUUGCUGUGGCCAGAUUAAUGUCCAAAGCAUACUCCAAAAGUUUGAAGAGCUGAGGUAUCUGUGGCCUAACUCCUAAAAGACUAAACAUCUGCAGUGAGAAAUACUGUCGAAAUACAUUAUUGUUAAGAAUUUA